AUGCCCGUAAAUAUAGCUCUACGGAUAGCUUCUGGAAAAUCACUUUUGCUAUUUCGCAAUCUCACGGGGAGCACAGACAUCUGCCUGCUGCUGCUGUGCUCCACCUUGUCAACGUCUCGAAUGCAGUGGAGCAUACGGAAACCCACCAAUUCGGUGACCAUACGACAGAGUGCUGUGAGCAUGUGCUUGAAUCAUGCGAGUGGCAGCUUUGUGGAGCAUCCCGACGACUGUCGCAUGUUCUAUUUGUGCCAGGACAACGGCGAUGCUGUGCUUGCCUCUUGCCCGUCCAAUAUGUAUUACAAUAAGGUGAACAAAAUUUGUGAUACGGCUGACAAUGUUACAUGCAAGAAUAACACCAGCAGCGAGAUCAGCAAUGCACCUGACACCGACCAAAACGAGCUGAACAACAUGGUCACGGAUGCGGCUACUUAUUGUGCGACGUUAACGCCACAGGCGGGCACUGAUCGGAUUGUGUAUAUUGGCAGCUCAAGCAGUUGCAAUAGUUAUUACAUUUGCUAUUAUGGACAGGCUAUACUGCAAGAGUGCAGUGUGGAGCUGCACUGGAAUGCAGUGACGGCCAAAUGUGACUUGCCGGAGCGCGCCAAGUGUACGCUGGAGGAGAAUAUAGUGCCUGUGCAGCCGCCUAGUGAUAUUGCCAGCGAGCUGUUGCAUUGCCCGGCCUAUGGGCAGCAUCUGUAUCCGCAUAUGCAGCGCUGCGAAUUCUUCAUUUAUUGUGUUAAAGGUCAUGCAACCUUGCAGCAGUGCCCGUUUUACUACUUUUUCGAUGUGAUCACCAAAACCUGCCAAUGGUCACGCACGGCGCUGUGUGUGAGGGAUUUGAAUUUUCCGCGCCACUAG